GUGGAGUCGAAAGGCUUGGAGAGUGGGUGGCCGGCGCGCCUUCAGAGCAUUUGCUAGCUCACCCCACAAGAAAGAGGCUGAGAGAGAGGUAGUGGCCAGUACACACUAUGGGCCUUAAAACCAUUUGGAAGAACUACAGAGUUUUGAUUGUUAUGGGAACUGGCCUUGCGCUGGUACAUUGGGGCUGGUAUAACAUGAAGUCCAGUCCCAUUUUCCAUCCCAAGAGAGAUGACCUGCUCCCAGAGUCUGGCAAUGUGACAUAUGUGCUGCAGCAGAAGAAACAAAAUAAAGGAAAAUAG